AAUGCACGCCCUAGUUGACGCUGUCGUUUUUGCCAUCCGAAAUCCUCACAGGUCAGAGCAGACGGCAAGGGUUUAUGCUUAACCCCCUAAUCUUCCACCUCCUACCAAGUUUCUCCAGUUACAACGGAAAUGCUCGUCUAUCGCUCUGCUUCAAUGCUCCAUUUCCACAAACUAUCGCCGCCGCCUAAAUUGCUCCUCUCGCGAUUGAAGCACUCCUGUUCAUACAUCUCUAGUUCUCCUCUAUCCUCCUUAUCUUCUCCAACUUCUUCGCUGAGAAUCCGCUUGUUUUGGCUCAAUCAGUCAAGCAGAAGAGGUAAUCGUUUUUCUACUGCCGCUGCGGCUGCUUUGUCGGAUAAGGUGGGAAAUGAUACGUUCUUCGCUGACGAAGGUGUUUCGUGGGCUUCUCUCGGUUUGUCUGAUCGGCUUUGUCGAGCUAUCUCUAAUGCCCGCAUCGAAAGACCAUCUCUAGUUCAGGCUGCCUGUAUACCCUCAAUACUUUCAGGAAAGGAUGUUGUUGUAGCAGCGGAAACUGGUAGUGGUAAAACGCAUACAUACCUGGUUCCCUUAAUUGACAAGUUAUGUAAUCCACUGGAUCAUCCCAAAGAAUCUGAUUCUGAUCAAGGAUUGGUGCCUUCCCAUAGACUUUCUCUAGUUCUUUGUCCAAAUGUGUUGUUGUGUGAACAAGUGGUUCGAAUGGCUAGCUAUCUUUGUGAUGAUAAUGGUGAACCACUUCUCAAAGUCACAGCUGUCUGUGGCAGACAGGGAUGGCCAGUUGAUCAACCUGAUAUUGUUGUUUCUACACCGGCUGCUCUUCUUAAUUAUAUUGACCCAAAAAAACAGCGAAAAUUGAAUUUUGUUCGUGGCGUGAAAUAUGUGGUCUUCGAUGAAGCAGACAUGCUUCUCUGUGGGAGCUUCCAAAAUCAGGUUAUCCGUCUAAUAAACAUGCUCCGUUUUGAUGAGAAGCAGUUGUCUCAACUAAGUAAAUCUGCAGCUGAUUCUCCAAGAGAGUUUUUUUCAGAGGAUGAUAAGCCCCAAAAUGAAUCUACCUUCGAAGAAAAUGAAGACUUUGAAGAUGAUAAUGAAGCUGAGGACUUAGAAGAGGGAGGUGAAGCUGGGUCCAUCAGCAGAAAAGACUGGAGGAGAGUGAGAAAAGAUUAUGUACGCAGUAAACAAUACAUUUUUGUUGCAGCCACCCUUCCAGUUAAUGGGAAAAAGACUGCCGGAGCACUGUUGAAACAUAUGUUUCCAGAUGCCAAUUGGAUUAGUGGAAACUAUCUUCAUCGUCACAACCCCAGAUUGCAACAGAGGUGGGUUGAAGUUACAGUUGAUACCCAGGUGGAUAAACUUAUAGAUGCUGUGAACCAAGGAUCUAGAUCUGGUGUUGAUGUUAGUCGAACUAUGAUUUUUGCAAACACUGUUGAUGCUGUUGAAGCAGUUGCUAAAAUAUUGGAGAGAGCGGGGACUGAAUGCUAUCGGUACCAUAAAGACACUUCUUUGGAGGAACGUGCAAAGACUUUAGUUGAUUUCCGAGAAAAAGGUGGAAUUUUUGUCUGCACUGAUGCUGCUGCACGUGGAGUAGAUGUUCCAAAUGUGUCACAUGUUAUCCAGGCCGACUUUGCCACAUCUGCUGUAGAUUUCUUGCAUAGGAUUGGCCGCACUGCUCGAGCUGGUCAAUAUGGGCUUGUCACUAGUCUGUAUACUGAAUCCAAUCGUAAUCUUGUUGAUGCAAUUCGUCAAGCGAAGAAACUGGGUCAGCCUGUGGAGUCAGCCUUCAGCAGAAAAAGGAGCUUCAGAAACAAACUUAAGAAGAGAGCAGGUUCCAGUGAAGUCAGAGAUGCAUCAGCCAACGAAAUGGUGAGGGUAUAAGGAACUUGGUACAUAAAAAGCUUAUGAUCAUUGGUCUGCUGAAUUGUUAGUUUUGACUCUCAUAAUGUACAUGUAAAUUUUGUUGUAUAACAUUGAUAAUUGAAUUUUCUCUCCUAAAUCUGGGCAUAUCCCCAUCACUUCUGGUGCAAAAACAUUCCCUCUGAUCAGCGUAUUUUUGCCUUUUUUGUUGGGGGGGGGGGGGUGUGGGUGGGAAGAAAACACUACUCAUGACCAGUCUAUUGUUGCCAAUUCUCAAAUUGCUGCUAUACAGUUUUUGAAUCACUGGCCCGAUGGCAUCUUUAGAUCAAACCAAUCAGUGUGUUAGCCGGCCCUGUAAUUACGUUACCGUAGUAGAUUAAAGUCUUGAACAGCCGUGUGGAAGGAAUAAUGGCUGUGAAAUUCGUGGGUCUUGAAGCAAACACUUAGUUCUUCUAUUUGGGAUGAUGUUCUCAAGGUAAUGAAUAGUGGAAAAUUUGAUUUGUUAGGGUAUUCAGAUGUGAAAAUGUACGUUUUAGUGUAUAGUUGCUUUGAAUUUGGCGAGCAAUACGGAGUUUUCCUAUUCUCUUUUUAUUUUCGGGCAUUAAAUUAAUGAAUGAUUUUGGUA